AUGCAUAAACUACGGCUAAAUAGCCAAUCAUCAGCUCAUAUAACAAAGCAAUUGACUACUACUACGUCUAAUAAUGCUAUACCAUUGACAAAACCAUCUGUUACAGGAUCAGGCCCUUUUGCAGCCACACCCAGUAUUCAUCCAAUAGGCAAUCCAUCAAAUAUUUUAUCAGUUGCAUUACCACAAUCGUCUCAAUUUUUUAUAAAUUCGAAUUCAUUACUUGGUAUAAAUGGAGACUUGAGUCACAUAAGUAGUGAAAGUAUCAAUUUUUUUGGUCAUGUUUAUCAACUUUUAAAAUCGAGUCAAAGUUCUAAUUUAAUUAUAAAUGGAAAUUCGAAUUAUAAAGUUUUGGGAAUUAACAAACAGUCAAAUUGGACCAUUUAUAAUUUAAACAAGAUAAUUGGAUGGUCAGGGACCGACAUAAUUUUCAAACCAUCAACUAAAUCUUCAUCAAUUUUGGAAGUUGAUGGUAACAAUGGGUGUCUAAUAAUAAAUGGAGGUGAAUUUUCUAAAGUCACAGAAGUGGAAGUUGAUCAAAAUUCAGAAAUAUUAGUCAAUCCGAAUUCAUUGAUUGCCAUUGAUUCUGCAACAAAUGGAAUUGAACCCUUAAUAAUAACUCCUAAUAAAUACAAAUUGCAUACUUUGGAACAUACGAUACAUUGGCCCCGUUCGAUAGUACAACCAAUCAAAGAAUUCAAUAGGUCAAUAGGAAAUUACAUGAAAAAGUCAUCGGACACAAUUAAAAAUGUGUUUAAUCCAAUUGCACCAUACACAGCUCCAUUUUUACACUUACUCAGUUCAUCUUGGAAUUACAUAUAUUCACAUAUUAACGGUAGGUUUAUCAGAUCGAGACCUAUCUUCUAUAAAAUUCAAGGUCCUUCCAAAAUUCUAAUUGAUAAUGAGCCAGUAAUAUCGAAUAACAAAAUUUUCACAAACAAUGAGAUUAAUUACAUUUUCGCCAAACAGAAUUCUUAA